UCCCCUCUAGGUCUCUCUAUCCUCACCAAAGCUGUUGAGGCUACUUUGCGCAUGUACGGCCAGCCGCACCGAGCAUUGCAUCGACACCAAGAUGGCGAAAACACGUCUGGCUUGCCUCCUGACUCUCCUCUCAACUCACUGUUACUUCAGUGUGUUGGCAGUGGUGCUAAAAACGAGCGAGGAAUCCCCCUCCACAGACGAAUUUAACAGGGUUGAGUUGUCAUGUUUGAUUGAGUCCAUAACCACAAUGCAUCCACGCAUCGAAUGGAAAAAGAUCACCAACAAUAAGCCGAGUUACGUUUACUUCGACAGGAAGAUCUCGGGUGACUUGGAGAACAGAGCUGUGAUCAGAGAGCCGGCCACGUUGGUGAUAACCAACGCCACAAGGUCAGACACAGCCAAAUACCGAUGUGAGGUCACCGCCGCUGAGGACAACAAGUCAUUUGACGAGAUUGUGAUCGACCUUGUAGUGAGAGUGAAGCCAGUGGUGCCAAAAUGCAGCGUUCCAAAGUCUGUGCCUUUCGGGAAGUUAGCUGAGCUCAGCUGUGUGGAGGAGGAGGGCUUCCCCAAGUCUCAGUACCAGUGGUUCAAGAACAGCGAGGAGAUUCCAGAGGACCCCAAGUCCAGUCCCAAAUUCCUUAACUCCUCAUACACGCUCAACACAGGAACAGGAACUCUGAGAUUCACUUCAGUCAUAAAAGAAGAUGCAGGCGAAUAUUACUGCCGAGCGAAGAACGAUGCAGGACAUGCUCAGUGUGCGCCCCAGAAGAUGGAAGUGUAUGAUAUUGACAUUGUGGGGAUCGUACUGGGAGUGCUGGUGGUGGUUAUUGUGCUCCUAUGUAUAACGGUGGGAAUUUGCUGUGCAUACAAACAAGGCUACUUCUCCGGUCAGAAACAGACCGGAAACAAUUACAAAGUUCCAGCCAAGGGAGACGGAGUGGACUACGUCAGGACAGAGGAUGAGGGGGAUUUCCGACACAAGUCGUCAUUUGUGAUCUGAUGACGGAACAAGGACAGUGAGGGCUGCCGCGCUCCGAGACGUGACAAUCGGGCCCGCCCUCCACGCUGCUGGACCGCCGAGCUGCAACAGGCCGAGCUCUGGAGGUCACAGCGGGACUGAAACCCAACCACUCAAACUUGCCAAAGGUGACAGGAGCUCGCAGGCCACAAGAUGUACAAAAUAUUAUCACCCUCAUUUGAGUUUUGUUUGCUAAAUUAUGGUUCUUUAUUUCCAGUCAUUGCAUGGUUUUUAACAUAAACUGAGGAGGCAGGAAGGAAGCAUCUCUGAUGUGCCAGGUAGAAACGGAGGAGGCAGUCUAUCAUGUCAACUUUCUACUGUAAACAUUUAGCUUUUGUCAUUUGUAUAACAUUUGUUUUCUACUGUUGAAACACUAUUUUUGAUGGAAUAUAUUUUAAAAUGCCUAUAGAUAAAAGUUUACUUUUUUAAAUAUUUGUAAUAUACUAACAUGUGUGUAGAUUGUUUUUUGGUUUUUUUUCCUUUGGUUGUGGAUAAAAGUUUGUAACACUUUAACCACUUUGUGUUAAGCUGUAAGCAUUCUCACCUUCUCAAAAGAAAGACUUGCUGCUUCCACAUCCAGAAGUAAACCCCGAUGGCCGCUCUCACUUACUGAGUCGCUCCACCCAGUCCGCGUUAAAGUGACAAAACUUCCACGUUUGUGUUCGUAGGUAGUCUUAGCGAGAGGCUUCAGUGAGAGCCAAACGCUGUAAACACUGUACCAAUCGGAGCUGCGUGUUUUCUCAUUUUAAGUGUCCUUCAAUGCUUACAGUUAGUCCUGUGUGUAUUGCAGUUCCUGUCAGGAUAGAGUUUGCCGUCGUGCACCGCAGUAUGUGUUGAGUAUUACACCAUAGCAGUGAGAGUGACGAUAAUACAGGGUUUGUAAGUUAACCUUCCAGAACCAGAGGACCCACAACAAAACUGCUAAAAAGCUAGAUGUGGUACCGGCGGGGUCUCUACGCAGCCUGGGAAAGUCUGGAAUUUGAUUUCAGUGUUAUGCAGGUCUGGAGGUAAAAAUAACAAAUUUGUUUUUCCAGACUUUAUUCCCCAUCCAAUUGACUAAGUAUUGUGUCCUCCCUCAUGUCUUCUCUAGGCCUGUCACAGUAACACAUUUUGCUGGACAGUAAAUUGCCCCGGAAAUUAUUGCAAUAAACAAUAAUAUUGCUGGUAUGAGUCAAUUUUCAACUAAUUUGUUGAUAAUGGCCUAACAGUGCAAGUUCGCAGUCUCGCAGGCUAAUAAACUUUAAUUUAGUACAGAACACUUCACACUGGAACUGAAAAAUAUUGUAAAUAAACAAAAAUAAAACACAACACUCAAAAACAAUAGAUAAAACAAGCACAACUAAAACCAGAAAUGUACUUGAUUGUGAUGCCUCCACACAAAAUUGGCCUUCAAAAAAUGUUAAUCAUCAGAAUUGAAAUUAUUAAGCUCAUUUUAAUUUAUCAUGUCAUUAAUGGUUAUUGUGACAGGCCUGGUCUUUUCCUUCUUCUCCUGUUCUCUUGCCUUCUGCCCCCUUCAGUCUUUCAUUCGUUCCAUCCUUCCUCCAUGUUUGAAAAGCAUAAAUAUCAUCUUAAAAAAUGAACAUUGAACUGUAGUAUUCAACAUUUGAAGUAAACAUUAAGAACUAAAUAUGGAAAAAGUCUGGAAUUUCCAGAGAAAACCUGCGUAGGAACCCUGUACUUAUUUUUAAUUCUACUAAGAAAAAGAUGUUUUUUAAAGACGACUAAAUAAUGAAUUUAACAAGAGGAAUAGCUCAUCAGAACCCAGUACUUUAACUAGACUCCACCUUGUCCAAACUCUGCGUACUAACAUCAAACAACUCUGCUUAGUAGCUUUCAUAGUGCACAAAGCUAAAUAUGGAACAAAGACUGAUAAAGCCCAUGGGCUGCACCAACAAUCCUUCAAUCUGGGAAAAGUCUUAUUCUGGUUUGAACAAACCAAGGGAGCCCAGAGAAGCUGCUGACACAAAUAACUACACACAGAAAGAAUGAACCCGUUUUGUAUCCAUACUCAUUCACAAAAUGGCUGUCUAGUUUGCCAGCUGAGCCAGAAGAAACAGCAACAUCCUCUCUUUUCUUAGAUUCCUCUUUCAGGUGCGAUCCUGUCCUAACGCCCACAGCAAGCUCGCUCUGGGUAAAGUAUCAGCCAGGCAUGAAGGGAGUCACUUUAAUUCCUCUGUCACAUUAUCUUCCUGUUGAUGAUUCAGUUAAACCAGAGCAGGUUCUGCCCAACACAAUUUAAAUGCAUAAUGUGGAGCAAACGCAGGAUGAUGGAUUUAGUUUAGUUAGUUGAGUAGUUCCUCAACUAACAUACCAGAAAACUGCAAAAACACAAAAUCCUACCAAGGAUUUUUGGUCCACUCUCUAGUGCAAAUAUCUUAGUGCACUUGAAAUAAGACAAAACUGACUUGCAACAUAGGAGCGUUUUUGAUGGAUUAAUAUUGUUGGAAAAAGCACUGUUUCAUGGGAAAAUGUUACGUUAAUAUUUCCCCAUGUUAACGCAACAUGGGGAAAUGUAGUUAUAAGGGGGAAAACCUGCCAGUGGAAGUGAUACUUUUUCAUUAAUAUUAAGGAAUUAUUGACAAGCUCCUGUAUUGUGCUUAAAAGUAACUUACAUGUUAUUUUUCUCUUAUUUCAAGUGUACUAACAUAUCUGCAUUAGAAACCAGACCAUUCUUGAUAGGAGUUUGUUUUUUUACAGUGAACCCUUGAAUCUGUUGGACUGAGACAAACAUCAACAGACACAUGUGGCUUCAAUUACUGUAUAUUUCUGCUCGGAACUUAUAAUUUCUGUGUUCCAAGUCUGAAAAGUAAAGUGAAACUUCCUCUUUGAAAUCGGCAUUUUAACGAGGAAUCUUGACAGUUGUUUUCCAACCCUAAAUAGGAAAAAAAAAUAGAAUAAAAAAUAAAACCUCGACAUGCUGCUGAAGUUAUCGCUUUUAACUGGGAACAUCAUCAUUCCCAGAUCCAAACUCCCAAUGAAGCUAAUCGAAUGCAGAGAAAAGCCUCUUUAGACGCCCAGAUACAAAGAAAAAUCUUCUUUUUUUUUUGGCAAAAAUGCUUCAGACCCUGUAAUUUCAAGCUGAUGGUUUGUUUUGGUGCAGCUCAGCCUCUACAGCUUUAAUCACAGCUUGUUCUCAUUCCACUCAGCGGAGCGUUACGUCACAGUGAAGUAUUGAUUCAUUUGGGGUCUGGAUGGUUAACACUUGAACUGAUUGUAAAUAGAUGUCUGCUUUUUUUUUUUCUUUCUUUCUUUCUUUCUCCAGAUUAUGUGAAGGAGUGAAAACGCGUUUUUAUUUUUAUUUCUUUAAACUGAGGCAAUAUGAAACUCUUUCCAUUAGUGAGACUGAAGAACAUUUCAUGUGAUCUUUCACAGCCGGUGAGAACAAGAGCUUCUCGGGUCAGCUUUCGUUCCGAGCUCUUUGUCCAUUUUAGUUUUGUAAUCUGAAAGAGUUUUGUAGAUCACCUGCUUCAGUGUUUUCCAGAAGGCCAGCUGUGAUCAUCAGAGACGGAGAAUCAGCUGAAAUGUUAACUUAUUGUCAGUCAUGGUAGAGACGAUGUGCCCGACUAUUUUACACCGUCAACAUGUCAAUCGGGUUCCUGCAGAGUCGAAAAACGUACGGCCAAUUGCGCAACUUGAAUUUAUGAAAAUAAAAUUUCCCACUGUCACGUUUAUUGCUACCAGACGAAGUUAAAAAAUGCAGAAAAUUUUUAAAAGUUGGCUCUGGGACUACUAGAUUAAAAAACAUAAGCAGGAACCCUGUGUCUAAGUGUACUCUUUUCCCAAUAAUAAGUGGGACAAAUACGACGAAUCAACGUUUUUCAGCAUGUUGCUGAAAUCCCCACUCUUCAUUUCUAAAAAAAAACGCUCAUUCCUCUUAAGUGCCUUCCGCCUUCAGACCCGUCCCGCGUCACCGGAGACGUCUCAUGGCGUCGUCGGAGGUCCCCUCACCGUUUUACCCGCAAAAGCUUGAGAGGAAUGAUGCUACUGCAAACUCUGCUUUCCCUCUUUGCAUAUCUGAUCAUUUGUAAAUAUUUUUUUUUCCAUGGAUUUGAAGAUAUAGACAUGUUGAAGUAGAAAUUAAUAAUUGUUAGUGCCUAUAUAUAUAUAUAUAUAUAUAUAACUAUAUAUAGUGGGACAGAUUUUCGGGGAGUGACGACUGCUACCCAAAGCACUCCGGCUUUACAACAGGUUUCCUUUCCACCCGCCGCCGCUGUGCUCACCCACAUGAUUUCAUUUGCGAACCCGCCCCUGUUCUGCUGCUCGCCGAGGUAAACACCGCGCGCAGGGAUAAAACCAGACUGUGUUCACUGAUAUGACAGGCAGGUGGAAAUGAGGCAGAGUUCUUGCCUGCAGGUGGCUCUGAAGGAGUGUGUGUGGAGGCUGGGACGAUGUGGGGUUUUUUAUUUUCACAUCAUGUACAUGUGGAAGUGACGCCUGUCAAACACGACUCUGAGCCACCUGGGCAAAGGGGAUCGUCUUUAAAGGAGCCUCUGGGUUGCUUUUGUUCAUUUUAGAGCAAACUGUUUGUGAUGAAUAAAACUCACUCCUUGUUUUCCUGGA